AUGCCAAUUUCACCUGCAGCUGUGAUCGUCCCAUUGGGUCUUCUCUUCUUCGCUUCUGGUCUCAUCGUUAACCUCAUUCAGGCAACAUGCUUCGUGAUUGUACGGCCGGUUUCGAAGAAUUUUUACAGACGGAUCAACAGGUUUGUGGCAGAACUUCUUUGGUUGGAGCUUGUUUGGAUUGUUGAUUGGUGGGCUGGAGUGAAGAUUCAAGUAUUUACAGAUCCUGAAACCUUUCGUUUAAUGGGUAAAGAGCAUGCUCUUGUUAUAUCCAAUCACAAAAGUGAUAUCGAUUGGCUUGUUGGAUGGAUUAUAGCUCAGCGUUCAGGUUGUCUUGGUAGCACCCUUGCUGUGAUGAAAAAAUCAUCAAAGUUUCUGCCGGUCAUUGGUUGGUCAAUGUGGUUUUCUGAAUAUCUUUUCUUGGAAAGAAAUUGGGCCAAGGAUGAAAGCACAUUAAAGUCAGGCCUACGGGAACUGAGGGAUUUCCCUCUUCCCUUUUGGUUGGCUCUCUUUGUAGAAGGAACCCGCUUUACACAGGCCAAACUAUCAGCCGCUCAGGAAUAUGCAAUCUCGACAGGAUUGCCUGUUCCUAGAAACGUUUUGAUUCCAAGAACUAAGGGGUUUGUUUCAGCAGUAAGCCAUAUGCGCUCAUUUGUCCCGGCCGUUUAUGACGUAACAGUGGCAAUUCCUAAAAGUUCACCUUCUCCUACAAUGUUAAGACUCUUCCAGGGGCAACCUUCAGUGGUGCAUGUGCAUGUUAAGCGGCAUUUGAUGAAGGAUUUGCCAGAAGCAGAUGAAGAUGUUGCUCAAUGGUGUCGAGACAUAUUUGUGGCUAAGGAUGAUUUGUUAGACAAACAUAUAGCUGAUGACAAAUUCAGCAAUCAUGAGCCACAGGAUCUCGGUCGACCAAUAAAGUCUCUUCUGGUUUACAUAACAUGGGUUAUCGUGGUUGUUGCGGGGACUGUUAAGUUGCUUCAAUGGUCAUCACUACUAUCGUCAUGGAAGGGUGUUGCAUUUACUGUAUUUAGUUUGGCAAUUGUGACUGCACUCAUGCAAAUCAUGAUCAUGUUCACACAAUCUGAGCGUUCAAAUCCUGUCAAAGUUUCGCCUUCGAAGCCUAAAAGUACAGAAGGAUUGCAGGGUAGUGAUGAGAAACAAGAGUAG